AACGUACAAAUACCAACUGAAAUGUCAAUGUUGCCUACAAGCAUGGAUCUAUACAAGAUUCAGUUGAAGAACAAUACUGAAGUCAUCAUAUUUACACUGUUGGGCUUCACAGGUGAUUUCGAACUUCACGUUUAUCUCUUUUUACUCUUUCUUACUAUUUAUAUUUUCACCCUAGUGGGGAAUUUGGGACUGGUUGUAUUAGUUAUGGUGGAUUCACGACUGCACACUCCCAUGUACUAUUUUCUGAGCGUAUUAUCUGUGUUAGAUGCCUGCUACUCCUCAGUUGUCACCCCAAAAAUGCUGGUCAAUUUCCUGGCAGAGAAUAAAUCCAUUUCCUUCAUUGGAUGUGCAGCACAGAUGUUGCUCUUUGUCACUUUGGGGACCACAGAGUGCUUCCUCUUGGCAGCAAUGGCAUAUGAUCGCUACGUAGCCAUCUACAACCCACUUCUGUAUGCGGUUCACAUGUCACCCAGAGUCUAUGUGCCACUCAUCACGGCUUCAUUUGUUGGUGGUAUCCUGCAUGGCACUCUACACACUGUUGCCACUUUCAGCCUCUCCUUCUGUGCAUCCAGUGAAAUUAGACAUGUCUUUUGUGAUAUCCCCCCAAUUCUUGCCAUCUCCUGUUCUGACACUCACAUCAACCAACUUCUCCUCUUCUACUUUGUGGGUUCUAUUGAGAUAGUCACCAUCUUGAUUGUCCUGAUUUCCUACCUUUUCAUUCUUCUGGCCAUUCUGAGGAUGCGCUCUGCGGAAGGACAACGAAAAGUCUUCUCCACUUGUGGUGCUCACCUAACUGGAGUGUCCAUUUAUCAUGGGACAAUCCUCUUCAUGUAUGUGCGGCCAAGUUCCAGCUAUGCUUUGGACCAUGACAUGAUAGUGUCUACAUUUUACACCAUUGUGAUUCCCAUGCUAAAUCCCAUUAUCUAUAGCUUGAGGAACAAAGAUGUAAAAGAAGCGAUGAAAAAACUGUUUGAUAGAAAUUGGCUCAUAAAUAAGGUACAUUUUUAA